AUGAUGGAGAGCGGUGAGCCUCUCGUGUCGAACGAUUUCAAGAAUAGACCUCACGGAGACACACCAGAAAAUAACGAAGGACUUUCCAUUGGACCAACACCAAGCGCAAAAGAGAAGAAACAUGAACUGAACGGACAAGAGUUGCCAUACGACGUUAUAAAUGGAAUGCCGAUGUUCCAAAAGGACCAUGUCAUUGGCAAACGCUACCAGAUUUUUGAACGAAUUGGCUGGGACGAUCGUGUCGGAGCAACAUAUUUGGUUACUGCUCCUGACGGCAAAGAACUAGUCUUACGCGUAGGAAACGAUCAAAUACUAAUUCCACAACUUGAAGCAUCGUUUUUAUGUAAGAUUGAGCAGCAGAACUUAUGGCGCUUCUUCUCGCAAGUGCAUUCAAUCUACCAAGAAGAGAAAUUCUACUAUUUGGCACUGUACUUCCGCAGCGGACCGACACUUAGCCAAUGUUUGAAGUAUUGUGGAGGGAAAUUCACUCACGGUUCGGGUGGUCGCCUAGCUCUCGACGUACUGCGGGUAGGGUUUAGGCGUUUAAUCAUAUCUCCAUGA